UCACUGGAAUUUCCGCAUCACCACCACACUAAACAUGCCAAUACCACGAGAAACAUUUCUCAUAGUCUUUUAUUAUACUGCGUAGAGAGAUCGCAUGAACAAUGAUCUCUCGUGUGUUUGUGUGUGUGUGUUCAGAUCAGUGCUAACAGUGUGUUUGCUCAGUCGCCUUGUCCACUGAGGGAGAUGAAGUCUGAUUCUGUGCCUAGUCCAGCUAUUCGGGUUGUCACUCAAGUCCCUUAACUCCCAGACCCUGUCAUGAGCACAGAAAGUGGAGCACUAAGUUAGAGCUUUUUGAACUUUUUUAGCUUCAUGGUAACUAGCUUGGCAGAAACUAGCUUUCUUAUGUCGGUUUAGUGCGAUUUAUGCAGUUUUGUGCAGACUGUGUGAUUUCAGCUGUCUUUUAAGAUUAACUGUAUGAGAUGAUUGUAACAAAAUCUUGGCUGAAUUUUAUUACAGAGUGUGUGAUUUAUUACAGACUGUAUCGUCAUGUUCUCCAUGAAGAUCCUCUAACGAUAGAUCUGCGAUUAAAGAAAAUUACUACGUUUUGCUUACGUCAUCAAUCAGCGAGAAAACGGGCUCGCAUAAACACAAACACUCCUCAGAGCGAGCUUGAUGUAAUAAAGACAUUUCUUUGGUCUAUUAGCAUGUUUCAUUUGUUACGUUUUGCCAUUGCCACUGUUUGUACCUGACCCGUAAGUUUCACAUCGUCCUCCUAUUGGUAAAUUUUAGGUGAAUGUUUUGGUCACUCGCACACUUGAACUAAUUUUCAUCAAACGUUUUGUCGUUAGCUGUCUUUGGUAGCAAUAGCACUAAAUCGAUGCCAGUGAGCACUGCAUAUUAUGCGUUCUAACACGAUGUAUGAUUUUUACUUUAACGAUUCUUUUGCAACUUUUUUCUGAGCAGAAAAUCAUACAGUGUAAAGAUUGAGCUCGAUGGCCAGCAGGCAGAUUAAGAGGUAGAAAUUAAGUAAAACAUAUUAUCUGCAUUGGCAUUUUAUAAAUAUUAUUUUUGUACAAAAGUACAAUUUAAUAUAUAACAACAUUGUAUGAGAAAAGGACUGCAACAACUGUUUCAUAGAGACUGAAAUGACCACAUGCUAAUACAGUUGUUUAUGAGAGAAAUAAUUUGACCACAUGCUAACAGGACUAACUGCAUGCUAACAGGGCUGUGUGUGAGAGGAUGAAUUUGACUACAUCAUGCUAACAGGGCUGUGUGUGGGAGGAUGAAUUUGACUACAUCAUGCUAACAGGGCUGUGUGUGGGAGGAUGAAUUUGACUACAUCAUGCUAACAGGGCUGUGUGUGGGAGGAUGAAUUUGGCUACAUCAUGCUAACAGGGCUGUGUGUGAGGGGAUGAAUUUGGCUACAUCAUGCUAACAGGGCUGUGUGUGAGGGGAUGAAUUUGACUACAUCAUGCUAACAGGGCUGUGUGUGAGAGGAUGAAUUUGACUACAUCAUGCUAACAGGGCUGUGUGUGAGAGGAUGAAUUUGACUACAUCAUGCUAACAGGGCUGUGUGUGAGGGGAUGAAUUUGACUACAUCAUGCUAACAGGGCUGUGUGUGAGGGGAUGAAUUUGGCUACGUGCUAACAGAGCGUCUCUUUUUGCCUAAUACGAAUACUAAAAAAUAUCCACAGAAUUAACAGCUAAAGCAGGUAGUGCUAGCUACAGUGUUGGUUUGUUUGAUCUUGAGCCAAAACAUGCUUAAACUCCUCUGCAAUGCUAUAGCAGAAGUAAAAACAGUGGCUUUGGUCAGGAAUGCUUGUUUUUAACCUUUCAGACAGAAUGUGCAGGCUCUCUAUAGGCACAGCCACAGGAGCAAAGCCUUUGACUGAGGAACCGUGGCCUUUACAGCGGCGUGAAUGUGAACAGCUUUUGGGCAUGCCAUGGGAGAAGACGCUUUCACACGAGCAAAAGUCAUUCAACGAGGGGAGAUCUUAUUCCCUCUUUCUGUUGCACUGGUUGGCAUUCCUCUGCUUGGCAUGGAGUUACACAGCAUUGGCCAAGUGCAUUCCAGUCUGGAGGAGACUUGCAAUACAAUACGCUUAAGCCUUGAGUCUGAUAUUGUAAUGUUUCAUUUUGGCAAUAAAAAGCACUCUUGGAUCAGAGGUUCUAUGUACAAUAAAUCUCUAAGCUUUUUGUUAAUGCGUAAUAUUUUAUAACAACUCUCCCAGCCUUCUUAAAGGAAAUAAAGUAGCCCGUGUUAGCAGAUGAGUUUAGAGAGGAUUUGAUAUAUUUUACUGUCUGACGUGUCUGAUGCUGUGUCCUGGUUUACAAUCACUCUGUUAUAAAUAACGCAGGCAGAAAUAAUGAGUCUUGAUUAGGCUUGUGGUUGGGGUGACAUUUUAUUUAUGUACGUGAAUGUGAAGUCACGUUGACAGCUGAAUACAAAUGGUGAGAGGGCAGUGGCAGGACAUUGUGUGUCAUACUUAUGAAUCUCUCUUCCAGUUUCCAGAUAAUGCAAAAAAAACAAAAAUAUAUGACUGGGACAAAAAUAUGGGACUGGUUGCGAAAUGGCCACAUACAAUGGCUUGCCUUAUAUCGUAGAAGACAGUCGUGUUCUGCCUGCUGGAGGAUGUGCUGCUACAUUUCACCCGUUUGAUGGACACGCCUCACAAAGAGCAGCACCUUUUACAGCCCGACGUGUUUGAUGUGGACUUUGCUGGGCACCAACGAGGUGGGCAAUCAAGAAAAGCGCAGAUACGCCACUUUACAGCAAAACCACAGAGGAAGAGUGCAAAAUGGAUGCCUUUUCCAUUCAGGUGGUAGACAACACAAUGGGCAGGCUAGAACAUCAUGCUAGCUCUCAGGCCCAGGCGAAGCACUUCUACAAAAAGGAUGAUGGUGGAGGAAGUGGGAGGGGUUUAUGCAAAGCAGAGGGAGGCACCAGCCCUGAAGAGGUGGCACCUCAAGAAAGCCCCGCCUCUUAUAACAGAGAGCAAAUCAUUGUUGAAGUGAACCUUAACAACCAGACCCUGAAUGUUUCCAAGGGGUCAGAGGGCAAGACCAGAGAGCGGGGUCAGACUCGUCAACGCACGACGAGCAAUGAAGAUAAUGACUAUGAGCAGAGGCAGGAAGAGAUGGAAAUUAGCACAGAGGAGGAAAAGGAUGAAGAAGAAGAAGACGACGAGGAUGACGAUGAUGAUGACGAUGACGAAGAGGAGAACGAUCUUAGCAUUCCAGAGGUUCCACAGGCUAUUAUGGAGAGACCGCGGCGUGGUACGAGAGCGAGUGCCGUUUCUUUGUGCCAGGGCCUGGGCAGUGGCACGCUGGCACAGGGGAAGAAGGAGCAGGAGAGUCAGGGCCAGAAGGUAAAGCUGGAGGAGAAGCAGCACUUCGCCUGCAAGAAAUGUCCCCGUGUAUUUAACAACCGCUGGUACCUGGAGAAACACACCAACGUCACACACAAUCGCAUGCAGAUCUGCAACAAGUGUGGCAAACGCUUCCUUCUGGACAGUGAGCUGCUGCUGCACCAUCAGACCAGCUGUGAGAAGAGCAUACAGUGUGUGACCUGUGGGAAGGCAUUUAAGAAGUUAUGGUCCCUUCAUGAGCACAACAAGGUUGUUCAUGGCUAUGCCGAGAAGAAGUUCUCCUGCGAGGUGUGUGAGAAGAAGUUCUACACGAUGGCACAUGUCAGGAAGCACAUGGUGGCCCACACGAAGGACAUGCCGUUUACUUGUGAGACGUGCGGGAAGUCGUUUAAGCGCAGCAUGUCUCUGAAGGUGCACUCUCUGCAACACUCUGGGGAAAAACCCUUCAGGUGUGAGAACUGCAGUGAACGCUUCCAGUAUAAGUACCAGCUUCGCUCUCACAUGAGCAUCCACAUCGGCCACAAGCAGUUCAUGUGCCAGUGGUGUGGUAAAGACUUCAACAUGAAGCAAUACUUCGACGAGCAUAUGAAGACCCACACUGGCGAGAAGCCGUAUAUCUGCGAGAUCUGCGGGAAGAGCUUCACCAGCCGGCCCAACAUGAAGCGGCACCGGCGCACCCACACAGGCGAGAAGCCGUACCCGUGCGACGUGUGCGGCCAGCGCUUCCGCUUCUCCAACAUGCUCAAGGCGCACAAGGAGAAGUGCUUCAGGCUCAGCAGCUCUUUAGGAGACAACAGCAGUGUGACCUCGGGGGGUGAAGGGUCACACCCUUCUUCUCUUCCUCUCCUCCACUCCAUUAGUGGCCUUCCUCCUCCUCCUUCUCCUCCUCCUCCUCCUCCUCUGUUCUCCAACUCAAGUAGCGACUAACGGCUUUCAGUGGAAACCUGGAACUCUUUUUCUGUGUGUGGUGAACCAAAAGCAGUAGGUUAUUCGACUCUGUGGGUGAUGUCAUGCACAGAGGAGUCUGAAUGAUGUAGCAGGCUUUUUAAACAGUGUGUGACACUGUGUGAACUCAUUUUCAAGAGAUAUUUUAUAUAUAAUCAAGAUUGGCUCCUUAAAAAUUUGUUCUUAAAUAAUGCAUUGUUGUGGUUAAGUUCUCAUGUGCAGCUGAUUGUGCAAAUAACAUUGUUUUUAUUUAGAAUGUCUUUACAGACUGUAUGUCCUGUCUGUUCUGUCAGUGUGUGUGUAGAUGCUGGAAACAGGCUCUGUUCUCUGCUCUCAGAGGAAUCACCAGUGUUGUAUGUUGUGUAUCCAUUCAGCAGAGGGAGCCCUGUGACUGAGCAGCAAUGCAAAAGAGCUUUUUCACAAGAAGGUGCGAUGCCGAUAACCAAAUCCCUGCGUCCCUGCAGUAACCAAACCCUGUGUGCUUAUUAAUGAGGUAUGAUGUGUUUAUAAUCACUCCUGCACCUUAUUUCUAACUUGAACCAUACAUACGCUGAUGUUGCAUUGGUUAAUGUUGUCUGAUAUGAUGCCCUGUCUCUGGCACUUGAGAAAUGAGGUGAGAAAGGGGGCGGGGUUAUACAGAAGGUUAUACAAGAAAACUGCAGAUGUGAGAUAUAUAAACAGUUUUCUUUCUUUUUUUAAUGUAGAAUUGCACUUUAUUAAAAACAGUCUGCAUAUCGACCAUAAACAGGACUGAAAUAUCAGUAUCAGAAGCCUCUGAUUCUGUAGAUAUAUAGCAUUAUAGCAAUAUAUUCAACUAAAGAUGUUUGCAAUUUUGUACAUUUGUCUGUACCUGUAAUAAUUUAGGGUACAUUCAUGUUUUGAAAAUGUAGCUUUUUAUGAAUUUACUCAUUCUAACAUUACACUUAGUUUUCACUUCAUUUUCAAAAUCAUUAUUGAUGUUAUAUUUUGAAUUAGAAAUUGAAUUUGGAUUUUGCUGAAAAGUUUGCCCAUGUACGCUCUAAAAGUUUCAUAUAAGCAGCUGUUACUUAAAUCUAAACUGUUCAUCUUUACUGAGAUAAUAAGUUUUGGUGACUGAGAUAUCGUCUUUCAUUUAUGUCCAUUAUAAUAUAAUAGAACUAAUUAUAAAGCCUAAUCUAAAUAGAGGUAGAAUGUUACGUUAGGGAGUAAAGGCUUGUGGAUAUCUAGUACUCGUAUCUGUUUCUGAGAUACACAAAUAUCUCAGAAUGUCUCAAAAUCUGAAAUAAUAUUUGUGUCACCAGAACAACAUUUCAAAUUCUGUGAAUCAAAUUUAGAUUCAUUUCCUGACUGCUAAAUGGCUAAAAUUCUACUGACUGAAUGUUGUACAAAUUUAAAGCUUUGAAUUCAAUUGAAUUUCAAGAUGGAUUUAGUUUUCAAGCCUUCUAUUCAACUGAUGCACAUUUAGAUUUGGUCCAUUUAACUUUAAAUUUAAAAAUUAAACUAAAUAACUAAAACUAAAAUUUAAUAUAAAUACUAGUGACACAAAUAUCGAAGCAAAGCCAAAAGAAAAAGGUUACACUAUUUCAACUAUAUGAACACAUUUAAUAGUUUACUAAGUCAUAAUCCACCUGCAACUUUUCUAUGAAUAUAAGCAGUUAGAAAAUGAAGUAAAAUAAAUAGAAAUAUAUCAAAUCUAAAACUUUAACAUGCAUUAAUUAGUGGUCCUUUGAAGUCUUUAGGGAGAAAUUGUGUAAGAUCAGAUUAAAGAAAUGAGAUUUUACAGCUUCUAGAGAUUAUAUGAGUCUCACUUACCGAGUGAUUAGACAGGUUAUUACAUAUAAAAUAUUGAACUCAGUAUAAUAUAGUUUCAAUAACAGCAAAUACAAACACUAUCUAACCUCUGUUAACAUACACUCUGUGUGUAAGCUGUAAAUAAGUAGUGUACUUAAUGUCAUUUACUGUGUAAGCAGGUUUUUUUGUUUACAUCGUGUUGGGAGUCAGUUGAUUGUGAUGAUGUGUUAUGAAGGAGACAAUACUUUGGAAAGACCUUGACCUUGAAAGUUACAAGCUGGAAGUAGAUACACUUUUUCUAUAUGCAAAAAGUUCCAAAAUGAUUUUCGUUAAAAAACAAAAAAGGAAAAAUAAUUUUAAGCACCUUAUAUUUUAUAGUUGCUCAUAAUGAUGUGCAAAUGGUAAGAUGGAUAAAUAGAUUUUUUCCUUUUGUUUUAUUACUUUGUUGAAUUAAUUAGAUUUUUCUACACAACAUUGUAGAAAACCCAAAUCUAUUCUUCAGUAUUAACACUGAACAGAGUAACAUCUGGUUUCGAAUUGACCGAGCCCAGUAAAUGAAAACUACCCAGUUUUUAAUCACUAUUUGAAUAUUUUUUGUUCCUUGUCAUCUUCAUAAAUUUACAUUUAUACAUUUAGGAGAUGCUUUUAUCCAAAAUAAGACAGAGUGUAAUAUGAGACCCAGCAGUGCGUUAAACUCUGGAUAUUAGGUCCAAGUCUGUAAAACUUAAAUAUAGGAGCAGAGGGUGCAGAAUUGUGCAAGAGGAGUGAACAAUGAGGAGUGAACAAUGAAUGUGUUGUUGUUAAAGAGAAUCACAAGGCAGGAGUGAAGCUACUGAUCAGUGCACUUUGGUUAGGGCACAUUGCACGAUAAGAUAAAAAAAAAGAUAAUAAAAUGUAUAAUUUUGCAAGUAAUGUCAUGUGCCAGAUGGACUUUGAACAAUUUUUUUUUUUUUUUGCAUCCUCUUGUCUUAUGUCUUUGAACGCUUUAUAUACUAUUACACACUCCUAGUUGCACCUUAUUCUCGUCAUUGGGACACCCCCGUAUGAGUAGGAGUGCAGUGCUGUAUUUCUGUGACACCCAGAGAUGAGCUUGUAUUGGUACUUUAUAGCUUUGCCAGUAUGGAGAGUGAUAAGUUGUAAAAGCAUGGAGCGUCAGUAGAAUUUCUCAACUCUAAAAUGAAAUGCGCCAUGAUGAGAUUAAGGCAUGUGCCGAUAAUCUGCUAUCUUCAACAUGCAUGAUAUUGUUAUCAAGGACACGUCAGAAUAUCAUCCCCUCCCCUACAUUCCAUUCUGGAGGAGGCUGCAGAAGGGGCUGCCAUUUUUGGGCCAGUGUUUCUGAGAUAAAGCCUGUCUCAUUCACAAGGCAGGGUAAAGUUACCAUAAAGACAGCUUUCUUUUACAGUUCUUUGUUUUGGAAUGUGAAAAAUGUGAAGGUGAAGAAGCAUCAGAUUCUUCUCAGAGAGGGAAAUCCCAUAAUUCUGUUCACCAGAUGAGAACACUCAAUAAUGAGGAAGGAUUUUUAGAAAUAAAGUAAUUAAAGGGUUUUGCUUGGAAGCAGAGAUGCUUGAAGUCAUAAAAAUGUUUGAUAUUUACUUGUGUUUAAUUCAGAAUAUUUUUUCUCAUUACAAGUGGACUAAAUAUAACAUUCAGUAGAAAAUAAAAGCAAUUAAUAGUACUAAAUAAAAGUACUAAGACUAUAGAUUAUUUAUAGUAUAGUAUAUCAUUGUUCCCGCAAAGAAAUUGACUUUUUUGUUUGUUUGUUUGUUUGUUUGUUUGUUUUUUAAAUCUGAUCCUAUCACUGGAAAGAAAGCAUACUGGCAAAUGAUUACCUUGCUAAUAUUAUAUUAUUAUUCAUGUCUACCAGUUCAACUUUAAUGUGCAGGUAAUGAAAAUUAGCCAAAUAUAGUCUCAAAUAUAAAAGAUUACAAAUAGCCCCCAGUCUCUUUAUAACAACUGAAUGUUGAAUAAUUGCAAAUUACAAACUUUCUGCAAGCAUAACAAUAUCAUCAUUUGUUAAUUAGCUCAAAAGUUUUUUGUUUUUUUUUUGCCAGUCAGUCAUUUGAUGUAUAUUGAGCUUAAAUUAUGAUAUUAAAUAUUGAGUUAUACUGCAAUAAUCAAUUCUAGAGCCUGAAAAUGUUUGAAAUUGACUGUACCAACCCUGUACUGUUUUAAGAAAUAAAAAUAUUGGGGUAAUAUUGGGGCAACUCGUGAUUAAUGGUGAACUGACGUUUUAAUAUCGGCACAUGCCUGCUUCUCUAGAUUCAGGAUUUAGUAUCCCAGAACUUUAUUAUCAUAUGUAGAAGCUUCUUAUACAGUGAAAUACUUAGUAGAAAUAAUAACAAGUUAAAAUAAAGACCAGUCUUAAAAUUGUGCACUAUAUUGUCUAGCCGCAAUAUAUUACACAGUUUGUAACACUGGGCUUUAUUUUAUUUUGAAUGGAGAGAAAUGCACAAAUUUGCUUUAGUACAAUUGUUCCACAGGAAAUACAGUUUUCUAACAACACUAAUCUGUUCAAGGCCCACUUAGGGAGCACUGAUGAGAGCGUAAUAAUUGCAUCCUUCCAAAACUGGUCUUUUAAACAUGUUCCUACAAAAUGAUUAAAAUUGAAAAGGUGGCUUUUCACAAAGCUUUUUUUGUGUGCACUUUAUGGGAUGUGUGUUUUUAUUUUUUUAUUUUUUUAUUUUUGAAAAAAGAGAUUGUCUCAUCAAAAGUCUUUAAAUUUAAACAUUUAAAAAAUUUAUUUCUGUUGAUUCUUAUUUUAAAAAGUUGGGAAAUCAUACUGUUAUAUAUUAUCCUAAUUUCUUAAGGAUGGCUUUCACUUUUUUCACUGUUUUGAUUAUCAGAUAUAAGUAUUUGCUACAAGUUUGUGAAGAAUGAAAUGGUUCUGUUUUUCCAUUUUUUCUUCUGUAAAGUAAGUUUGGAUUUGCUGCUAGUUAUGCUUAAGUUAGGAAUUUGUGGCCUUUAAAUGGAUAUUUUUUAAUACAUGCUAUGGUUUCAUGAAAUUGCAUAAAUAAUCAUUUACUGUAUAUGCCAAUAGAGAGCAUUUACACUGAAUGAGUUUAAUUGGGGGAAAAAAGUUAAUCUUGUUCCGUAUUGGUCUUCAGUGUCUGUUGUGUUAAAGAGAGAAACAGGAGUAUAAAAUGAUUUGCACUUUGAAAGUGGUUUAAUCAUCAGUGUAUGAUUUGAGCAGAACUCACUCACCAUGUAACUCAUUAUAGCCAAAUCAAAGAUGUAGUCAGUUUUUUUAAAACAAUACCUAAUAUCUUAUAAUGUACUUACUAUUCCUUAAUAUGUAUUAAACCAUUCUCGAGUGACUGUUCCCGCAUCAUUUCCUACUUUUAUCAUGUAAACUCAAUAUCUUAGCAAAGCUGUGUGUGUAAACGUCUCAUGUAUGCAGUAGCCAUGUUGGUUUUGUAAACUCGGUACUAAAAACGAUACAAAGACGCUAGUGUCUAGAGGUGCUAAUACAUUAUACUGCAUUUUGUGUCAUUUAUCUUGUCUGUAACAGAGCAAAAAUAAGAUUCAUUUUAAUAGCAAACUAAAUUAAACAAUAUACCAAAACCUCAAAGUGCUUGUUUGUAUUUUGAGCUUAAUCAUAUAUAUGUGUGUGCGUCUGUACAUCAUCUUUCUUUAUCCUUUCUCAUUGUGCUAAUUAGAGGUGUACAAAAUAUUGACAAAAAAUAUCACAUCACUGUACUUGAAGAGAUUAACAAUACAUAUAAUUGUUUUAUUUAAUGUUCUAUAAAAAUUAUUACCACUGAA